UUUCCCUUCUCUUUGUAGGUUCCUGCUUACGGAUUUUUUUCUGGGAAAAACGAACUUUCCAGUUUCACGAUGUCAACACCAAGAAAAUGCUUGAGUGGAAAAAUUGGUCCCUCAAUUCUUAAUUCUGACCUUUCUACACUGGCUUCAGAAUGUCAAAGAAUGCUAGAUAGUGGUGCAGAUUAUCUUCAUUUAGAUGUUAUGGAUGGUCAUUUUGUACCAAAUUUAACUUUUGGCCACCCAAUUGUUAAAUGUCUCAGACCCAAAAUGCCAAAUGCAAUGUUUGAAAUGCACAUGAUGGUAGAGCCUGCAGAAAGAUGGAUUGAAGAUAUGGCAGCCAGUGGAGCAAAUAUGUAUACAUUUCAUUUUGAAGCAACACAGGAUGUUCCUGGAUGUGUGAGGAAAAUAAAAGAGGCUGGCAUGAAGGCUGGAAUAAGUAUUAAACCUGGUACAAAAGUUGAGGUUUUGGAUCCAUUUAUUGACCUUGUAGACACAGUUUUGAUAAUGACAGUUGAACCAGGAUUUGGAGGUCAAAAGUUCAUGGCAGACAUGAUGCCUAAAAUAGAAUAUUUGAGAGAGCGUUUUAGUGAUUUAGAUAUAGGUGUAGAUGGUGGAGUUAGUCUGGAUACAAUUCAAAUGUGUGCAAAUGCAGGUGCUAAUAUGAUAGUUUCUGGCAGUGCAUUAAUGAAAAGUGAUAAUCCAAGAGAAGUAAUGCAAACUUUGAGGAACACAGUAGAGGAUUCAAUACAAAAAUCUCAACUUGAACGAUAAAAUUAGUAGCUAAGCCACUUUUAAUUUGAAAUUUGUUAUGUUCAUACUUAUGAUCUGAAAAACUAGAACAUGAUGAUGUCAUGAUGAAGCAUAAUUUUCACUUUAGCAUUGAAGUGUAUUGAGGAUCUAUAUAUCUAAUCACUAUUGAUAACAAAGUUAAUCCUCUAUAUUGAUUGAUUCUUUCAAUGAUGUAAAAAUAACAGAAAAAUAAUCGAAAAUAUUAGUUUUUAUAUAUUGUUUUGUUAUCUCAAUUGAAAUAAUGAACAGACAUUUCCAGAAAGCAUACAUGUAAUAUGAAAUGAUUCCUUUAAGAAUUCUUUCUGCCUACAGUAUUUUUACUUUUAUUUUGUAAGUUUAUUUCUGAAAAAAAAACUUGAAACAAAUCAUUUA